UACCAUGACGUCACUCGUCUUGCCAACAAGAAAGUACUUGGCCACAGCAGCAGCUGUGAAGGGUUUCAAUCGAAAAGCUAACUUUAAAAAUAAACACGUAAUUAAAAAAAUUAACACACUACGGUAAAUAAUACAAUCUUCCGAGCUGUGAUUCGGCACUCGGGGUGCUGUAAUGAAAGCAUAUUACAGUCCCGGGACAGCGUGAACUUUACAAACACACCGACAAGUUACAUGGGUGAACGCGAAGGUAAAGAGGGGUGCAGGUGCGUAGGAUGUGGAGGAAGGAUUGUAGAUGCAUUCUUCAUCAAAGUCCUCAAUGAAGUUUGGCACAACUCCUGCUUCAAGUGUUCCGAGUGUAGUGACCAUUUGAUUAACAGGUACUACUCGAAGGAUGGCAAACUCUACUGUCCCAAACAUUACUGGGAAAAAUUUGGGGAGUCCUGCCAUGGCUGCUCCCUGCUCAUGACUGGUCCAGCAAUGGUGGCUGGGGAGUAUAGGUAUCAUCCAGAGUGUUUUGUGUGUUUGAUCUGCAAAGUGAUCAUUGAAGAUGGAGACACGUACGCACUGGUAGAACGCUCUAAACUUUAUUGUGGGAAGUGUCACCACCAGAUUGUCCUGACGCCACUGUAUGAAAAUCUUUCCCUGAAAUCUCCCCAUGACUCCUUACCCCACACCGUCACGCUCAUCUCAGUCCCUGCUGCCACCGAUGGCGAACGAGGUUUCUCUGUGAAAAUAAUUGGGGAUUGUACCAAAGGCACCACCAGUGUUCAAGUGAAAGAAGUCAGAGGAAUGCACAUCAGUCCAGAGGUGCAAAAUGCUAUUCACCCAGGAGAUCGGAUCUUGGAGAUCAAUGGGGUCCAAGUACAGACUUUACUGGAAGAGAAGGUUGAAGAUCUGAUUCAGAGGAACCAGACACUACAGCUCUUGAUAGAACACGACCCUGUCCGGCAGAGCUUGGAACGGCUGCAACUGGGAUCGUCUCCAUCACGCCUUGGUGUGCCGGCCCCCUCUCGCAUGAGACUUUCCUCUCCCUCCCGCUCAAUCUCUGCACUGGAAAGCGGAGAAAACGUCGAAAGUACGCUGAAGAGACGAUCAGUCAGGCGAAGCAGCAGCACUUGUAAGUCACCUGGUCCCUCCUCUCCAAAGGAGCAUCCCGCCCUGUACCGGGACAUCAGCCGCUCCGAAUCUUUGCGCUCCUCCUCGAGCUGCUCCCACCGGAUAUUCCGUCCGUGUGACCUCAUCCAUGGGGAGGUGCUGGGAAAGGGCUUCUUCGGGCAGGCGAUCAAGGUUACGCACAAAGCUACAGGAGAGGUGAUGGUCAUGAAGGAGUUAAUUCGCUGUGAUGAGGAAACGCAAAAUACUUUCUUAAAAGAGGUGAAAGUCAUGCGGUGUUUGGAACACCCCAAUGUCUUGAAAUUUAUUGGAGUUCUGUACAAGGAUAAAAAACUGAAUCUAAUAACAGAGUACAUAGAGGGAGGCACUCUAAAAGAUUUCAUCAGAGACAUGGAUCCAUUUCCAUGGGAACAGAGAGUCAGCUUUGCCAAAGGCAUCGCUUCCGGAAUGGCUUACCUGCAUUCAAUGAGCAUCAUCCAUAGAGACCUCAACUCUCACAACUGCCUGGUCAAACUGGACAAAACUGUGGUGGUGGCCGAUUUUGGUCUUUCCCGUCUAAUUGUGCGAGAGAAGAAGGGCAGCCCUCCUCCUGAGAAAUCCACCACAAAGAAAAGAACGUUCAGGAAGGUUGAGCGCAAGAAGCGCUACACUGUGGUGGGGAACCCCUACUGGAUGGCACCAGAGAUGUUGAAUGGUCAAAUCUAUGAUGAGAAAGUCGACAUUUUCUCUUUUGGCAUUGUACUUUGUGAGAUCAUUGGACAAGUCUAUGCUGACCCAGAAUGCUUGCCCCGGACACUAGAUUUUGGACUGAAUGUGGGAAUGUUUUUGGAAAAGUUUGUUCCUAAAGAUUGCCCACCUGCCUUUUUCCCAUUGGCUGUUGCUUGCUGUGAUCUCAUCCCUGAAAACAGACCUGCCUUUGAGGAUCUGGAGGAUUGUUUUGAGGCGCUGGCCCUGAACCUGGAAUUGUGCAUCCCUCUCCCAGCCAAGAUGGGAGAACUGGACCACAGCCUUUACAAACUGCACAGCCCACCCCAGACCUGCCUGCCAGAGAAUUGAAUUUUUAGCUGCUGACACCAGCUUGUAACUUGCACUACAAUACAUUACAGGGAAGCCAGAGAAAUCACCAAUUACAGAUUCUCCCAACUGUGGUCCUCCUGAGUAAACCAAUUCCUCAGCUGGAUUAACACCCCUUUACCCAAGAUGUGUAACCACACCAGCAGAUUCAUUUAAGUUGACAACACUGUGAGUUUGCUGAAGAUUUCAUGAAUGAAUCAAUAGUGUAGCAGCAUUUCAGCCGAUUAACAGUAUGACUCCCAUCUCUCUUGCGUGUUAGGCAAUCUACAGACGGGAUUAAAACCAAUGGCAAAUUGUAUGUGGAGCGGAAAAGCAGUACUUUUCAUAAAGCCCUUGAUAUAGAAUAUGGUUUUGAUCAAAUGGGAUCUAGUUUACAGUAUAUGUAAUGCUAGUUAGUAGCCUUACUAAUAUACAUGACAACUAAAAAUACACAUUUGCAAGUAGAUUGCUAAACUUGAUCUUUUUUGCAGUAUCUGUAUAUUUGGGUGGAAAUGGCUUGAUUCUGUCUAAUUCAUUUCAAGGUCAUUGCAAGCCCUGAGCUAAAUGAUUGUGGACUCUUCUAUAAAGUGGAUUGAAAGGCAUGUUUGUAAGAUAUAAGUGUAUAUAUCUCUAUGUAUUAUACAAAUGCAUGGACGUGUUCAAUUCCUAAUUGGGAAGAGGUGAGAUUAAAAAAAACAUUUUCUAUAACAAGCAUAAAGUAAAUGCAUGUAGACUGUGAAAUACUGUACAAUACAUGUCAAAUGUGCAAAUAUUCUUGUUUUACAAAAAAAUGUUGAGGUACUGAUAUGUACAAGUUGCAACCACUACACUAUAGAUCAUUUAGUGUUGUUCACCACACCUGUAAGAGAUGUACAGGAAAUACAAGGUUAAUACAGGCUGGAACAUCAUAUAGCAUUGUCUGGUUUUUUUUAAGCUCUUUGUUUUAGUAUUUUAAAAAGUGAAUGCCAGUAUAUUAAAAAGUCAUCCAAAUGAGUGAGGUUUAGGAAUACGCAGUAAAAUAUAUUGUAAUUUCCUUUCUUUUAGGAACGAGACUGCUAGAAUUGGUGCGUUCCAAAUGAGGGAGAAUGUACUUUUCUGUUGAUUUGUAUCUGCUUGUGAUUUAAGGGACUCUGUACUGCCGUUUUUCUAUAUUUCUAACCACAAGAGGGAGCUGGUGCUCCUCACAUCCAGUACAGUAAAGCCUAAGUACACCGCCAUUGAAUGAAUACUUUUGCAUUAUUUAACAGCACUAAUGUAACUUUUAAAAGACUACCCUAUGGUAAGUAAAUCGUUUCAGUUUCUUAUACUAUACACAAGUAAAUAAGCAGACAUAUUUGCAUGCUAUUGCUGUGUGUGAUAGAUGUGAAAAUUCGUUUGGUCUGCUGUUUGGAGCUGAUUUUUCUAUACCUGUGUACACUGGGCUCGGACCAUUUUAAAGGUAACAAAAAACUUAA